AUGGUUGUGAUGACACCUCAGGGGCACAUCAAAGUACCCGGGAAUGCUUUAGGUUAUGCCAUCUCAGGAAGAAAUCAAUACACGCUCGUUACACAAGUUGAACAGGAAGCGGCUCUCUGUUAUCUGCCAGGUCCGACUGUGUUGCUCGAGGGGGCCCGCUAUGAACAAAACAACAUCAUUACCAUCGCCGAUGUAACAUUGCCAGAACACAAGAGAAGCAGUUUCUGUUUAUUGAACUGGGUAACGCACAGUUAUGUACGGCAAGAUGAAACAUGGAACUUUCGUCUAUGGAAAGUGACAAAUGAAGUGUCGUGCGUCGAUAAAUUAGGGAACAAAACACUCCUCUUUCGCGACGCGGUAGUUCUAGAUCAUGGAACCGGUGAUGUGUGCUCGGACAUUAACCAGAAGUUUCCCAGCUGCAGCAGUCCGGCUCAGGGAAGUAUGCAGCCUCCCGGGGUGGUAGGCAUAUUGAUUUUAUAUGGGCCUGUCUUUGAGCAUUUAGCCUCAGUCUUCACGGAUACGUGCGCAUCGCAGUCGUUGAAUCUGGCCCAAGAUACUCCGUCCACCCACACUGCGCGAAUCCAAGCACAUGAUUGCCACGUUGCCUUCACGACUACACGUGUGCAGGCAGGCUUGGUUCUAGUAAAAUUCGGAGCAGAAACCCUUGAUGUAGCCAAGGACUGGCUGGCUACAGUCCUGCGCGAGGAAGGGACUCUGCUGAAUAACUUCGGUGAAGAGGUUUCUUUCAAUUAA